GCUGCUGCAAGAAACAAUCUCUUUUUUUUCACCCACCACCGAAAAAGGCGUCGAAAUGAGCGCUUAGAGUCAGUGCACGUGUAUUGGCUUUUAGCAGCACCGCGCUGCCAUGGCAACAGUAAUUCAAACCGAUAGCAGUGAUAAUGCGCCUGUCCGCGGUCCUUCCUCCGGUGACGGUGCAUAUGUGGCCGGGGAAGCGCAGCGGCUUCAGUCCGCAAUGAGAGCGGAGAAAAGCGGCUGUAAGCCAAGGGAGGAUAGGUCGCCAAACAGGAGAGGUGGGCGAUACUGAACAUUUUAGUGUCGAUCCAAUACCAAGUAAAGCUAUGACCAGUCUUGUCAAUACUGAUACUUUUUUUCUUUUUUUUUUACUAGAACAUUUGUUAAACGUGUUUAUAAUCAGGAUAAAACACAGGACAAAACUAUUGUGGAUUUCAAAAUCAAUAACAAUGUGACAAUGUUAACACAAAAACUAAAAUAAAGACAAAAAAAAAUGGAAUAAAAAAAUGAUAAAAAGCUAAAGUGAACUGUAAAAAAAAAAAAAAAAAAACUUAAAAAAGUAUCGAUUUCAGCCUAAAAAGGUUGCAUCUCAGUACAGGAAGCACAUAUUGUAGAAAUAGAUCAUGUUUUCUGUUUCAAAAUGUAAAUGUACUCUAGGUUACUAAAAAUAUAUUUUUGUAAAGAGUACUUCAAUGUACUGAUGCUGCGGUUGCUUGUCGUCAGUAAACACGUCGAUUUCAUCAUUAGUUUUAAUCAGGUCUUUCAUAAACUAUAAUGUCAACAUUUGGAUCGAGCAGUGUCGAAUGACACCAAUAUUGGCGAUAGUAGUACUUGAAAUAGCUAAGCGUCAUUGAAUGAGUUUGCCUUCAAUUGAUUAUAAUCAGAAAAAAACACAGGGCAAUGAUAUUAGAUACAUUUUUAAAAUCAAUAAUAAUGUGUGCAAUACUGACACACACAAUACAACAGAAGCACAGAAUAAAAACAAAUAGUUGUAAAAAAAAAGAAGAAAAAAGUAUGAUAAAAGCAGCAGAAAACUAACAAAUCUGUAAUGUCUAUUUCAUAACUAUAUAGUCUCAAUCAUUCAAUUAGGCGACGACUUCCGCCCAAAUGCUGCUGAGAUAGGCUCCAACCCCUGCGAUCCCAAAAGGGACAAGCAGUAGAAAAUGGUUGGAUGGAUAGUUUCAAUCCGAUCUGCCAUUAGCUAAUUGUCAACAUUAGGAACGACCCACACUGAAAAUGUGAAUAUUGAUAUCAUACCAAAAUGCCGAGAACGACAGUUCAAAGGGUUAAAGAUCAUUAAAUGAUUUUUCCUUCAAUCGAUUAAAAUCAGACUAAAACACAGGACUAAAAUUGUGGAUAAACAUCUGUUUUAUCAACGUCCUUAUUUGUCAACGCACAGAAAAAUAGGACAAUUUCAUACGGGCAAACAUUGCGCGUAGGUUUGCAUAUUUUCAAGGAACAAAGUACCAAAACAAAGACCCGGUAGAUACUGCACAAUGGCUCACUAUAGGGCCAAAUAAAAUUGCGUGUUGUAGCACACUGUGUAGAAGACUCACGACAGUGUGACGUGUUGUGCCAUAAAGUGCUGCCUAUGGCGCAUGCGUGUCAUUGCAUCACUUGCUGUAAAUACAGCCCUGUGAGCAGUCCUUGGCUAUAACACGAGUGCCAGCACUUUGGUAAAGAAGGUGAGGAACACGACUGAAUCUAAGAAAGAACCUUGGCGAAACACGAAGGUGGCGUCCGAUCCUCGCCGUCUUCACCAGUAAGAGUUUUCGAUCCAGGUAUACAAAUGCUUUCCGUCCAGCCGGACACGAAGCCAAAAGGCUGUGCCGGCUGCAACCGGAAGAUAAAGGACCGCUACCUGCUGAAGGCCCUCGACAAGUACUGGCACGAAGACUGCCUGAAAUGUGCCUGCUGCGACUGCAGGCUGGGCGAGGUGGGCUCCACGCUCUACACCAAAGCCAACCUCAUCCUCUGCCGGAGAGACUACCUACGGUUGUUUGGUGUAACGGGGAACUGCGCAGCCUGCAGCAAGCUAAUUCCAGCCUUCGAGAUGGUCAUGAGAGCCAAGGAGAAUGUCUACCACCUGGACUGUUUCGCAUGCCAACUCUGCAAUCAGAGGUUUUGUGUGGGAGACAAGUUUUUCCUGAAGAACAACAUGAUCCUGUGCCAGACGGACUACGAAGAGGGGUUAAUGAAGGAGGGCUACGCUACCCAGGUCCGCUGACCCUCGUCAGGGUGCAAAGGAGGAGGGAGACGGGAGCGGGGGAAGACUGAUGCAGAGCUUGCAAUCACAACAAAAAGCACUAACCAGCUCCUGUCCCCCGCGUGUACAUAAUGACGCCUGCAUCGGGCGGGGAGGUCCUUGACUGUACAGAAUAGCCAUAGAGACUGCAGCGCAGCAGGCCCUGGAACCUGGCUACACGUAUGGGAGAAAAUAUGCUGCCUCUUAAGAGUUGGCAAACAAAACACUGGCCUCAGAACAACCAAAAGCAAGUUGCUGGACAAAUUUACACGGCCUUAAGACGAGGACUGUACAGUCCAGCGACUUGGAUCUAGAACACACAGGAGGACUCAGUGGGACUCUUUGGGAAAGACACCUUUUUAUCUGAUAUUGUUGUAUUAAAAUGCACAUGAAGGCGCAUCAAAUAAGUUAAUGCUUGUGUGUGUGUGUGUGUGUGAGUGUGUGUGUUUUUUUUUUGAGGAUUUUUCAGUUUGCUCUCAGUUUAGAAUCUUUUCAAAUGUUGGUUUCUUUUAACAUCGGUCUGCUGAAUUUGUGUUUUUAAUAUACCGAGUUUUACAGACUAUAAAAGUGCUACAGUGGAACCUGUUUAAGUUUAUCAACACAUUAAGUCCUGGCCCACCGUUGAAUUUGUAUUACCAAAAAGCAAUGGCGGGCCGUGCGUUUCCUACCUAGGCCUUUAGUGAUGUCCGACUUCAAUAAUUACCUCUCAAAAUACCAUCAUGACCAUUGCUGGAGAAAUACUAUACAGAAAUACAUUCACGCACCUCAACAGUGUACAAACAUGGUUAUUUUUUGGCGCAUUUAAAAAUCAAUAAACUCGUAUCACCAAUCAAUACAUUUCUUGUGUGGUACUGUCAAAUAUUUAAAUUGCAAAAAAAAAAAAACGUGAAAAAAUUAAUAAAAUAUUUGAACUCACAAUUUGUAGCAACCAUUCGAUGCCGUAUAGCCCCCAGUAGUUGGUUGAUUCGAGCGGAAAUAGCGGGCAUUUCAUCACCGACCUCGUCUCACAAGAUGUAAUUUCUCUUAAGUAUUCUUCUUUAAAAAGGCUUUGGAAAUAUAUAUCUGCCACCUAAUCAACAUGUUGCUUCUCCUUCUUUGUGAGUACCGGCAAGUUUUCUGUGGCUUUCUAUGGCUCCUAUGGCUUCUGUGCCACUUCCUUUUUUCGCAACUUGUGAUUGGAUACAUACUUGGGACUCCCAAGUGAGUAUCCAAUUACAGCGUAAAGCCAGCUAGAAGGCCUCACUGACAACAACUAGUGAUCUGAUUGGCUUUUUAAAUUGUCCAUCAACUAUAUCUCCGUUCACUUACAGUGCACAGAUGCCCGCAUUGUUGAUUCUGAAGGCCCGUGGCAGAUUUUGUACAGCAUGGCAACAUAAGCUAGCUGAAUUCUGAUUGGAUAAAAAUUCUAACCUAAAAACAAUAGCACUAGAUGGAGCAUAAUGACAUGAAAAGAAUACGAAUACUUUUAGAUAUUUAGGGAAAGUGAAUUAAAAAUUACUUUUAUUUUUAAUUACGAUCAUGAUUUCUGGUUGUGUUAGGCCAGCGGAGAAGGCCUUGCUGGCCCUGACGGCCCACCACUGCUAAAAAGUGCCCGCUUAUGUCGACAUACAUGGUUUAUAGACAUGAAAUUGGAGACAUAAAGUGGUAAUUUCUAUGAACAAUCAGUCAGUUUGUUGACAUGUGUUGUAGUAUUGCUAAUUUCCUCAUUAUCGGUUGUGUGUUUUUGCAAAAGCGGAUCAUUGGUGUUGACGACCACUUAUGUUGACAUGGGUUCUGUCAACUUUUCAAAAAUUCCACUGUACAUGUUUAAAGGUCUUCGGGCUCCGCUAGGAUUGUUUUAAUAGCCUUUUGUUUUUUUCUAUGCUGAUUUCUGUUUUUUUCAUAUUCUGAGUUUUACACAGACUAGAAAAGUGAUACCGGGGAACCCGUUUAAGAGGACCAACACAUCAAGUCCUGGUCUAAUCAUGUCGACAUAUGGUCAACAGCUCUGGAUUACAUAAAAUUUCAAACACGAAGUAAUUAUAUCUAUAAAAAAAAAAAAAAUCAGCCAAUUUAUGUCGACAUGUGUUGUAUUAUUGUUGAUUUCCUCAAUCCGUAAUAUGUUUUUGCAAAAGCGGAUUACUGUCGACAACCACUUAUGUUGACAUGGGUUACGUCGAUUUAAACACAUCUUACUGUCCCAUUUGCAAAGGUCUUAAGUCCCCACUAGUGUUGAUUUAAUAAUCUUUUUUUUUUUGGUUCCAUGCUGAUUUCUGUCUUUUAACAAACUGAAUUUUACAGACCAUACAAAGUGAUACGGUGGAACCUGUUUAAAUCCACCAACACAUCAAGACCUGGUCUCAUUACUAAGUCGAUAUACCUGGUCAACCGCUUUUGUUGAUAUUAAAUUUGAGACAUGAAGGGGUCAUUUCUAUGAAAAAUCAUUUUGUUUAAUGUCAACAUGUGUUGUAGUUUGUUAAUGUCUUUAUAACCGCUUGUGUGUUUUUGCAAAAGCAGAUUAUGGGUGAUGUCGACAACCACGUAUGUUGACAUGAGUUGUAUUGACAUGAACAAAUUCCACUGUAUAUUUGCAAAAGUCUUAGGUCCCCACAAAGGUUGUGGUUUUAAUAAAAAUUUUAAUUAACUUUGAUUCAACUGUAAACAUGUGCCCAAAUGGCAGAAUAAUGCAAGGAAUGUAAGACAAUUUUCAACAAAACUUGGUAACGGGAAACAACCAAGUAAACUUUGCUGAGAUUGAGGAUUAUUUGACAUUAUUUAAUUAACAGAACAGGAAUAUUUGAAGCUCCACGUGUUUUAGUUUUGCAAUCUUAGUGUCAUCAUGGCAUUGUUGAAACAACAAAUCUAAUCUCGCAUUGAGCAAGCCACAAACAACUCAACUUUAUAGUCUACAGCCAAAGUUUUCAAAGUGCGGGGCUUCCUCUCAGAACAUAAAACCGUUUUGGCCUUGAAUUUGUGGACGACUAUUAACCUGAGGGAACAUUAACAAUUAAUAAAAUAACAUUUUAACAACCAUUUGAAAAUUCAACUUUGUCACAAUCAGAAGUAGAGGUGGGUGAUACUGCUUAAACCCAUACCAAGUAAUAACAGGGCCAAAAUUGCUGAUAUCUUUGCGUAUUCGUGAAAAAUACAACAUUGUACUAAUAAAAUAUAAGAGUUAGGUAACACUUUAGUAUAGGGAACACAUUCACCAUUAAUUAGUUUCUUAUGAAUAUGCCAAUUAGUAAUAUAUUGGUUCUUUAUUAGUCAUUAAGUACUUAUUAAUGCCUUACUCUGCAUGGCCUUACAACCAGUAAGCCAUUAACAAUGAGUUAACUAACCCUAACCCUUAUUGCUUAUUAAUAACCCUAACCCCAACCCUAAACUGAUUGAUUGAUUGAAACUUGUAUUAGUAGAUUGCACAGUACAGUACAUAUUCUGUACAAUUGACCACUAAAUGGUAACACCCGAAUAAGUUUUUCAACUUGUUUAAGUCCGAGUCCACGUUAAUCAAUUCAUGGUAACCUAACCCUUAUAUGUUCCACUAGUGUCCGAAUAACUCUUGAGUCUUUGUUACUCUAAUAAGCAACUAAUUAAUGGUGAAUAUGUGUCAAGAUGGUGGGGUCGAAGCUUGCUGCGGGGUCGUUCUCCCAGGAAGGCAGACGGACUACUCAGGACAUGGCGUUCAGGUUAUAACAUGAAUUAAUUUUAACUACAAACCCCGUUUCCAUAUGAGUUUGGGAAUUUGUUAGAUGUAAAUAUAAACGGAAUACAAUGAUUUGCAAAUCCUUUUCAACCCAUAUUCAAUUGAAUGCACUACAAAGACAAGAUAUUUGAUGUUCAAACUUAUAAACUUAAUUUUUUUUUUGCAAAUAAUAAAUAUCUUAGAAUUUCAUGGCUGCAACACGUGCCAAAGUAAUUGGAAAAGGGUAUGCUCACCACUGUGUUACAUCACCUUUUCUUUUAACAACACUCAAUAAACGUUUGGGAACUGAGGAAACUAAUUGUUGAAGCUUUGAAAGUGGAAUUCUUUCCCAUUCUUGUUUUAUGUAGAGCUUCAGUUGUUCAACAGUCCGGGGUCUCCGCUGUCGUAUUUUACGCUUCAUAAUGCGCCACACAUUUUCGAUGGGAGACAGGUCUGGACUGCAGGCGGGCCAGGAAAGAACAGGCACUCUUUUUUAACGAAGCCACGCUGUUGUAAAACUUGUCUUGUUGAAAUAAGCAGGGGCAUCCAUGAUAACAUUGCUUGGAUGACAACAUAUGUUGUUCCAAAACCUGUAUGGACCUUUCAACAUUAAUGGUGCCUUCGCAGAUGUGUAAGUUACCCAUGUCUUGGGCACUAAUACACCCCCAUACUAUCACAGAUGCUGGCUUUUGAACUUUGCGCCUAUAAGAAUCCGAAUGGUUAUUUUCCUCUUUGUUCUGGAGGACACCACAGCCUCUGUUUCCAAAUAUAAUUUGAAAUGUGGACUCGUCAGACCACAGAACACAUUUCCACUUUGCAUCAGUUCAUCAUAGGUGAGCUCGGGCCCAGCCAAGCCGGCGGCAUUUCAGGAUAUUGUUGAUAAAUGGGUUUGGCUUUGCAUAAUAGAGUUUUAACUUGCACUUACAGAUGUAGUGACCAACUGUAGUUACUGACAGUGGUUUUACGAAGUGUUCCUGAGCCCACGUGGUGUUAUCCUUUACACACUGAUGUCGGUUUUUCAUGCAGUACCGCCUGAGGGAUCAAAAUUCCAUUAUAUCAUCGCUUACGUGCAGCGAUUUCUCCAGAUUCUCUGAACUUCCUUCCAAUAGCUCGUUGAGAAAUGUUGUUCUAAAACUGUUCGACAAUUUGCUUACAAAGUGGUGACCCUCAUCCCAUCGUUGUUUGUGAAUUACUUAGCAUUUCAUGGAAGCUGAUUUUAUACCCAAUCAUGGCACCCACCUGUUCCCAAUUAGCCUGCACACCUGUGGGAUGUUCCAAAUAAGUGUUUGAUGAGAAUUUCUCAACUUUAUCAGUAUUUAUUGCCAUCUUUCCAAACUUCUUUGUCACGUGUUGCUGUCAUCAAAUUCUAAAGUUAAUGAUUAUUUGCACAAAAAAAAAGUUUAGCAGUUUGAAUAUCAAAUAUUUAGUUUUUGUAGCAUAUUCAACUGAAUAUGGGUUGAAAAUGAUUUACAAAUCAUUGUAUUCCGUUUAUAUUUACAUCUAACACAAUUUCCCAACUCGUAUGGAAAUGGGGUUUGUAAAAAAGGUAAAAAAAAAAAAAAAAGGCGCACGAGGCGUAAACACAACUUAGACCGAACAAUGGACAGGAAACAAAAAUCGUUAACUAUGACAUGAAUAAAUAAAAACUUACUUGGCAUGGCAUGAAGCAUGAAACUAUGGCAAGGCAUGAAACAAGUCAGCACAGAGCAAGAAAAUAAUACAAUGACGCCAGGCCGAUUGACCGGCAAUUGCAGGCUUAAAUAAUGCCUCUGAUUAGUGUUCGGGUAGCAGGUGAGCGGCCGAACCCUAAUCAGAGACAGGUGAACUUCAUUUGCGACCAUGGCAACAAAACAAGGGAGUGAAAAAAAAAAGGAACUUAAAGAGUUCGAAGGUCAACAGAACAUAGCCAAACAAGACAUGAUCAAAAAGACAUGACAAUAUGUUUCCCAUACUAAAGUGUUACCAAGAGUUACAACAUCAACAGAUUAAUACAAAUAUUCCCUUUCAUUACAUACAAUUGCUUGGGCAAUUUGUCCCCAAAGCCGUCCUGUGUCCAACAUUAACUGAACAUGUAAACAAUGUAAUACACAAUUGUGAAGAAGAGAACUUAAAAAUAUGAUCACGCUAGAAUCAACUUGAUACUGAUUCCAUCCUUGGUAUCGAUAUUAUCUAUAACCAGAUCAUUCCGCAACAGCUCAAAUUGAAAGUAAAAACAUCACAUUUUGUUCUUACUGAUGCUAAAGUUAGCAAGUUUAAAAAUAAAAAAGAAUACAAGUUUUUUAAGCUACAGCUCUUUGACUUCCAUUCACUACUGUACUUUACACUUUGAGAACCAAUGGACGAGAUGUUAUGAUUUUGCUUCUUUUGCCACAUGGUCUCCUUCUUUUGUCACAUUUGACUACUUGGAUUUGGAGUGUAGCACACUUUGUUUUCAUGGGGAGUGUUUUUAUUAAGCCUUCAUAUUGGUCAAACAAGACAGGUGAUGUGCUGGAUUCUGCAGCACAUGUACAUGUGUACAAAAUGAUGUUGGGGGAUGGGGGGUUUGUACUUUAUUUAUUUGUUAAAGUUGUGCAAAAUUUAGCUUUCUUUAAAUACUUGAAUGCAAUUAACGACUGACGGGAUUUCAUUGCUCUCAACUAACGCCUCAUUUUCCUCUGAAAACUGUCCAGCUCAGCCCGACUUGAAAAUGUAAUUUGUAAAAUGUGGGUGAACAUAAAAAAAUAUUUAUUUUUGCUUGCGACUGUCCAAUUUUUUUAAUUUUUAUUUUUUUCUUUACAUGUCAUCCAGCAUGAGAUGUUUAUUUUUAGGGCAAGGCUUGUAAAUACUGUAAUUGUAAUAAUUCUAAGCACAAAUGUAAUACAGUUUUAUUGUGUUACAGAG